AAGAAGCAUUUUUUUCUUUUUUUUUUUGGUGAAAAGAAGGCAUUUGAAAAAUUCUUUGUUUAUUAUUUAGUAUUAUUUUCAAAUGGCUAGCAAAGCUCAUCACGAUUCCGAUCGAACCGAGAUAGGCGGAGAUAAUGGAACAAUUGUUUUCUAUCCACGCGCCCUUAACAUUGUUUGGGGUGCUGACACUCGCUACUGGCGUCUCCCGGAGAAACAAACUGACAGAGAAAAGACCCGGCCCGCAGAGCUGAUACAAGUUUCUUGGCUGGAGGUAACUGGCACAACUGAUCCGCUAAAUGAAGAAAAAAGUUACAAAAUUUCGUUCGAGUUAUCCCUCAAGCCAGACGCCUUUGGUUGGAACGGUUGCCAACUUUACUUAAUGGCCAAGUUAGGGCGAAGAGGAAGGUACAAAUGGACAAAAGUUACAUUCAAGGACCAACCCAAUAAUCGGCCCUUUACAGUUCCUGCAGAGGAUUUUGUGAUCAAGGUUCCGCCGAGCACCGACGCGGAGGAUCGAAAGCUCUAUUUCGGUCUCUACGAAGUGUGGAGCGGAAAAUGGAAGGGAGGUUUAGAGAUUCACAAGGCAGAGGUUGCUGAAGUGGCUGCUGGAAAGAGCUGAAUGAGGUCAAGUAAUUGCAUGUAUUUUCUUGUGUGUGUUUCUUAUUGUAACUCCGCCUAUGCCGGUGUGCGCUCGCAUUGCCCCGGGCAAUGUGAUCACUAGUACUUUGUAAUAAAAUCAACAUUGUUAUAAUGAGAUCGCAAGCAACUUCUUUGGCUUGCACAUGAUUGAAAUAUAUAUAUUAUAUGUCGUAUGAAACAAA